UCAGUACAUCUGGACACUACCCCAGACAUAGUGCUCGUUCUGUCUGCAAACCCAUCAAAGGGCCUGAACAUUUAUUUUAGCCAUGGAUGCUACACUUGAAAUAUUAAAUCUGGACUCUCUAGAUGAGAAUGAAUGUAAUGGACAUCAAAAUCAUCCAGUUCAAGAGAGGACUGGUGUGUUCUUGAAACAAUGGGAGUCCCGGGUGCGGCCCUACAUCGAGAUGAUUGACUACCUGCGCCAUAUUGGGAUUGAAAAAGACCUUGCUCUGCCAUCCAUUGCCGUUGUGGGAGACCAAAGCUCUGGGAAGAGUUCUGUCUUAGAAGCACUGUCUGGUGUGGCUUUACCCAGAGGCAGUGGUAUUGUCACCCGCUGUCCACUGGAGUUGAAAUUACGGAAGCUGGAGGCAGGCACGGGCUGGGGAGCUGUUAUCUCUUACAGAGAUGUACAGGAAACCUUCACCAACCCAUCACAGGUUGAGAGUUAUGUCAGAAAAGCCCAGAAUAUGCUUGCUGGAGAUGGAGUUGGAAUCUGUGAUGAACUCAUCAGUUUGGAGAUCACAUCUCCUGACGUGUGCAACCUGACAUUGAUUGACCUCCCUGGUAUAACCAGAGUGCCCGUGAAAGGUCAACCUGAAGAUAUUGGAGAUCAGAUUAGACGGCUAAUAUUAAAAUUUAUUGAGAAAAAGGAAACCAUCAAUUUGGUUGUUGUGCCCUGCAAUGUUGACAUAGCAACUACUGAGGCACUGAGGAUGGCACAAGGUGUGGAUCCUCAUGGAACACGAACUUUAGCAAUUCUAACAAAGCCAGAUUUGGUGGAUAAAGGAGCAGAAGCUGAUAUCUUACAGAUUAUGCAAGGUAAGGUUGUUCCUCUGAAAAAGGGUUACAUCAUUGUACGAUGUAGGGGCCAGAGUGACAUCAAUGAAAACAUCUCCUUGGCUGAAGCCACGAGACUGGAGACAGAGUUCUUCCGGAGCCAUAAUCAUUUCAGUUAUCUUCUGGAUGAAGAGCGGGUCACAACUCGUUGCCUCGCCAACAGACUUACCAAAGACCUUGUUGAACAUAUUAAAGCAUCGCUGCCCUCCCUGACUGAACAGAUUCAAAUUCGACUAUCUACUGUUAGGCUAGAACUAAAAAACUAUGGUCAAGGUCCUCCUUUAGAGCCAGGGAAGAAGGGACCUUAUCUGAGCAAGAGACUCCUGGAGUUCAGCGACCAAAUUAGUGAUCUCUGCCGAACUGGAGCAAAGGGAGAGGGAAACCUCUACUCUCUCCUGCGACCAGUGUUCAAGCAGUGGGAAUGCCACUUGAGAGACUCCAAAACAUCCUUCAGAGAUGCGGUGACGGAGUUGACAGAAAACUAUGAGGCAUAUCGUGGGAGAGAACUCAUAACGUUCAGCGAUUACAGUGUGUAUGAAUUGUUGAUUCAGACCCAUGUACAAGCACUUAGACUACCAGCGAUGGAGACCCUGAAGAUCAUUAGAGGCAUUGUGCAAAAUGAGUUCAGAACCAUGUGUGAGUUCUGCUUCCCAAAUUUCCCUAAUUUGAGAUAUAAGAUAUUAAACCAGAUUGAUGACAUUCACUCAAAGCAAGAGGCAAAAGUGGAGAAAAGGAUCCUUGAGUACCUCUCUAUGGAAAAAUUGGUGUAUACCCAAGACCCUGUUUUUACACAGAAAAUGGUUGACUUCCAGUUUGUGGAGCAGCAGCAGGAGUAUGAGUCUGUUUGUUUAGAUACUGGAGAGGAUGCAACCUCUCCCAAGAACUGUGCCAUAUUUGACACCAGAAAGCUAACACCUGAAAAAUUUAUCAUCUACUUUGAGAUUGUCUACCAGCGGCUGGCUGACUUCUUGCCGAUGCUGAUGCUGCUGUUCAUGCUAAAGGAAGCAGCCGUUAUGUUGCGGGCUGAGUCCAUGGACCUACGGGACGGAGCCGAUGUGGUGAAACUGCUCACGGAAGACUCGGAGGCGGGACGGAAAAGGGCAGAGCUGCAUCAGCGCAUGGAGCGACUACGGCAGGCCCAGGAGAGGAUCAGCAUUAACCUUUAAAAGUCAACAACCCCUUUAGCCACUUCCACUUUAUUGUAACUCCAUGUUGUAAUGUUCAGCAAAUAUUUCUGUUGUGGGCAGGCUGACUGAUAGUUAUGUCUUUCACUGAAAUAAAGUGUACUGAAAUGUUUUUUUUAAAUGGCAAGUGACUCCUAAGCUGCAUUGUAUACACAGUAGAUUUGUUUUCUUAAUGAGCUCUGAGCUAGUGCUGCUGGCAAUGACUGACAGAGUUUAACAAAACUUAAUCAUUUAAUGGUACUGUACUGAAAAUGCAGCAUGCUUUGAUACCUCUUCAUGUUCAUGACAUAGGGAAGAAGCCAAAUUUCUGAACUGCAAAUGUUAUGAAAUAGUCAUGUUAUUAUCAGUUUGGUAAUUUGUAGGAAACAAAACAACACUCAUGUUAAUGUUGUCGUCAAUUUGUCAAUACUUUUUUUGUGGGGAGACUAUUUUUUAUCUGUUUGAUGAAUCAUGCAGUUUUGAGGGCAUGAAGUAAGAGAGUUUAAAAUUUGAGAGUAUAAAGUUAAGUCUGUAUAUAGACAAUGCCCCGCUAAAAAGCACAGUCUACUAACAGGAUAGAUGUCAUAUCUACACAGAACGGCACAGAAUGACACAGAACAUGAGGGAUUAUGUUUAUAUUUGAUCUUACUAUUAUCUAUAUGUUGG